AUGCCGCUGACGUCGUCCGAAAUUCCCCUCCCCAGAGCGCGCCAUUGCCGGAACUGGGCCGCGCGGAGCCCCAACGUUGCUAAGCACAGGCGCAGGGCAUCCAGCGCCGCGUGCAGACGCGACGCCCUGGCGGCCCUCGGCGCGCAACUGCUCCCCGCGUCGAUAUCACCCGUCCCGGACAGCACCGUGAACCGCGAUAACGGCGGAGGGCGCGACGCGACGUACCAGCAGCAGGGGGACCCGGACGUCCGGCGGCGCCUCGACCCGCUCGCCGCGGACAUCCUGCGGGAGGACUCGGAGCGGGAGCGCGUGCGCGCGACGCAGCAGUUGCUCGACGACAUGAUCGGGCUCGAGUGA